AUGGAGAGACGAAUGCUGAAGAACCUCGUGACCUUGGACGAUAAGAGCGUCUGUAGCCAGACGCUCCAAGAGAUUCAUGAUGCUGUAUUUGUGCAGCCGUCGCGACGAGCCGCCGCUGCCAAAGCUCAAACGGCCUUCGCCUGCCAAAAAAGUGGUAGAAAAAGGAAGGCGACGGAAAAACGACCUGAGCUUGAUGAAAACGAUAACCGAACCGAAGUCAAAGCCGUUCCAGUUAAGCCGCGACGUCGACUUCGCGACUGGAUCAAAAAAAAUGACGCAGAAUUCGAACAAUUCUUGGAGGGGCUAGAAGUAAAACCCUUCCCAACAGAAGAGGAAUUUUACAAAAGCAAAGAUUCCGGCGCGAUCGUCAAAGCAGCAGUGAAAGGUGUCAAGAAGGACUUUCCAGAAUUUUUUUGA